CGGGCUAUCAGAUACAUUCACCACAAAGUACGGGCACUGACCUCAAGACACCUGCCAGUCAUGCCCAAGGAAGUCCGUGACAUCAAGCAGUUUAUUGAGAUUGCUACCCGCAAGGAUGCGUCUCAGGCACGUAUCAAGAAGAUCGCGCCGCGGGUGCCCGGUGGCAAGGUGAAGACAAAGUUCAAGAUUCGCUGCUCACGAUACCUCUACACUUUGUCUCUUGAUGACCCAGAGAAGGCCGACAAGCUGCAGCAGUCGCUCCCUCCUGGUCUCACUGUUGUCGAGAUCAAGAAGACUCCCAAAAAGAAGUAGAGGAGGAUUCACUUUCUACCGACUUCUAUGAUUGUCCUAUGGGCGAGUCGCUCCUGUCUGCGCCGCGGCGGGAGGCUGUCAAGGCAGGGGUGACAAGCGUCGAUUAUAUGGGAAUGUAUAUGUGCUAUAUUGCUCUCCAGAUACUAUGUAUGCGAGGCUUUCUUCACCCGUCGUACUCUGUUACGCGCACUGGACUCGGGAUUCUACGACAAUAUACGGCCUGCGACGCUCUUCCGCGCACGUUCUGUCUUCCAGGACCCGCUUUUUGAGUUGACAUGCCUGCAAAUUUGCCCCUGUGAUCGAAUCCAUCGUUAUACUGGAAAGCAUGAAAGCCAUGUGAUGUGUGUGAUACAGGAAGUCUGUGAUUGUACAUGCGGGGUAACACUAAUAUAUAAAAGAUGCGCAACGUGCAAGAUCAUGC